UUAUACCAGAUUUAGCCUGAAGAAAGCCAAACUGCCAACACUGCACGAGAGUUUUCGAGUUUUUGUUUUUUGUUUAGUUUUAUUUGAUUGCAACUUGGAUUUACGCCAGCGAAGCGCAAUAAUUACUCGUCGAUUCGCCGAGGUCGAUAAGAACUGUGUAGAGAGCUUCAGCCGAAGCUCAGAAGAACUGAACUUCAGAACUCGAACUUUGUCACCAGCGGUCAGCGGUCGCCUCGCAUCCGAAAACGUCGCCCGAAUCUAUGAAUGCACAGCGGAAUCAAUAAACGAGAGACAAUAGAGCAGACAGCGGAGCAGAGGCUUGCAACACCAAUUCGGAUUGCAAAAUAGCGAAAUAAGUAGGAAUGGCCGCCAUCGAGGAACGCUUCCAGGCCGCCGUAAACGUGAUCAAGGGGCUGCCCAAGAAUGGACCCUACCAGCCCAGCACCGGCAUGAUGCUCAAGUUCUACGGCCUGUUCAAGCAGGCUACGGAGGGCGCCUGCCUCCAGCGGAAGCCUGGCUUCUGGGACAUCGUUGGCAAAGCCAAGUGGGACGCGUGGAAUGACAACCGUCAUAUGACCAAGGAGCAGGCCAUGCAGCGCUACGUGGAGAGUCUGCAGGAGAUCAUUGAGACGAUGUCGUUCACGGAGAACGUGCAGAACUUUGUGGGCAGCCUCGAUAGUCUGGGGAACAUAAAUCUGGACGAACUAGAGCUGGUAUCGCCGGGCAUGCGAGAGUUGGCCGAGUCGCAUCCGAACUCACCGUUCCAUUCACGCACAAAUAGUCCUCAGCACGGGUCUAGCUGCAACGGGGAGUCAGAGCUGGAGGAGGCACCAAUGGCCACAUCUGAAACGAUAAAAGAGAACGGCCCCAGUGCGGUCCCAGUGGUGACCAACGGCCACGUCUCGCCACCCCUGACCAAUGGCUACGGCUCUAAAUCCUCCAACUAUGCACAUGACAGUCACAACUACACAAGCAAUAGCAGCGUUGCGAUUGUGGAGCCAUCGGAUGACGAGUACGACGAUCCCUACGAUCUCAGCCAUGAGCUGACCCAGGCGAUUGCACAGAAUACGGACCUGUUGCGCCAAAUUCAGACUGCCAUUUCGCGCAUGAACACCGAUGUGAGUGCUGUGCAGCAACGUGUUCGCAGCCUGGAACAAGCCGUCAAUGAGGUGCGCAACGUUCAAAAGUCAAGGGGAGCAGCGGCAGCUGCCUCGUCGAGAUUACAGCCAGCCUGGUGGCCGUUUAAGAACAUCUCCCCGCUCUGGUUCGCCGUCCUCAUACUGUGGCCUUUCCUGGUGCGACGCUUUGCGCGAAUGCUCCAACAGGCAUCGCCGCAGCGCAGACGCUGACACAGAAAGUAUGCACAAGGAUGCAGGGACAUGUGGUAGAUUAAUUAUACCUUUGGUUACGGGCACGAGCUUGGUCUUUACCUUUCGUUUCUCCACGAAAGCGGUUCUUCGGUUAUUGUACAGAGUUGGCCUUAUUUAUACAAUUUUCAAAUCCAGUUGCAAUAUCUUUACUAUCUUUACCCUACUUUUGUACUCGUACAUAUUUAUGUAUUUUGUAUGUAUAUUUAUUUUGUAGAUCGAAACGCGACCUUAUAUUUUGUCACAUUCCCCCAAUC